AUGCUUGAGGGACUCGCACAGAGUGAUGACGAUGACAUUGAACCAGCAAUCUAUUACGAAGCAGGACCCUUCGUUCACCCACGAGAUUUCUACCUUCUCUCAUUCAACAGGGCAAAGCAACCAACUCAUGAGAUCGAGGUGGGGAUGCUGAAACCUCUUUUUGCACUGGGCGCGGGCACCGCAAGACCCAAAGUUCGUGCUUACACGUCCGGACUUGAAAAGCUAUACAGAAUAUCCUUGUAUCCGAAGAUGGGAGUAUGCGGGGCUUAA